AUGGCUUCCAGCGGCCCCCGGCGCUGGCAACAGCUUUUUCAGGAGCUGAUUUUGAUUGCUGGCACAUCUCUCUCAACAUAUUUUGUAGUCCGGUUCCUACUAUCCAAACUCGAAUUCGAUCCAGACAGCCAAAAGCGUGAAGAAGCCAAACGCAAGUCUGCCGCGGUACUCAAACGAUUAGACCGGGAAGAAGAUUCAGAUAAUGAUUCGUCGGGAAGCGAGAAGAAGAACGGCAAGCGACGACAACGAAAGGAGAAGCUUGUCUUGACUCAGUAUGAGCAAACAAUCGCCAUGGACGUUGUUGCACCAGAAGAUAUCCCUGUGUCAUUCGAUGACAUAGGUGGCCUGGACGAAAUCAUUGAGGAGCUAAAGGAGUCAGUCAUAUACCCGCUUACCAUGCCACAACUAUACAGGACGACUUCUUCUCUACUCAGCGCGCCUUCCGGAGUUCUGCUCUACGGGCCCCCGGGGUGUGGAAAGACCAUGCUGGCAAAGGCUCUUGCACAUGAAAGCGGAGCAUGUUUCAUAAACCUACACAUCUCAACCUUGACGGAAAAGUGGUACGGAGACUCAAAUAAGCUUGUUAACGCUGUGUUCUCACUUGCACGGAAACUAGAACCAAGCAUUGUCUUCAUUGACGAGAUCGAUGCCGUCCUGGGAACAAGACGCAGUGGAGAACAUGAGGCUAGUGGUAUGGUAAAGGCCGAAUUCAUGACCCACUGGGAUGGGUUGACUUCGGCAAACGCCAUGGGCCAACCCCAGAGGGUUCUUAUACUCGGUGCCACCAACCGGAUCCAGGAUAUUGACGAAGCUAUACUACGACGAAUGCCUAAGAAAUUCCCUGUCACUCUACCACUGGCAGCCCAGAGAAAACGAAUUCUUAACAUUGUGCUCAAGGAUACGAGGUUAGACAAAGACAAUUUUGAUUUGUCAUAUCUUGUUAAGGUCAUGGAUGGAAUGUCAGGAAGCGAUAUCAAAGAAGCAUGUAGAGAUGCAGCUAUGGUCCCCAUCAGAGAGCUUAUCCGAGAAAAACGAGAUGCUGGAGCAAUGAUACACUCCGUUAAUCCCGGAGAGGCACGAGGAGUCAGAACAACCGAUUUCUUCAAGAGAGCUGGUGCAGUCAAACCAUCAAUACACUCAACUACGUCGCUCAGAAAGUCCCUCUCAGAGAAGGACUGGAGCACUGAGUCAGAGCAGGACGAGAUGGUCGACGCAUCUGCCGUUAUCCCAGUAGCAGAGGGGCUGGACUAA